AUGACCUUUCAGACAGACAUCUGCAGCAAGGAGGCGUGGCAGUGUGAGGUCGCGGACGGCGCUUCGGGGGCGCUGCAGGUGGUGGAGCUGUAUGCAGACUGGGCCGGGCCCUGCAAGGCUGUCAAGGAGCUGUUUCGCAAGUUGUAUUUCGACCAUGGGGAUGGCGGCGCAACUGGGGUGCCCCUCAAGUUCUACACGGUGAAUGUUGACCGUGUCCCCGCUCUGGAGCAGCACAAGGGGCGCUGCCAGCCGCUGUUCAUGAUGUAUAAGGACGGGCGGUUGCUGGACAAGGUGGAGGGAGUGGAGGGCCCGAAGCUCACGCACCUGGUGACGUCGCUGUUAAGAAAAUAG